AUGAUUGCAUCAGAUUUUUUUUUUGUUUUUUUUUGCAUAAAAGAAUGAAUGAAAUAAAUGGCGCGUAAAUUGAUUGACCUUUGACCAUUGGUCAAUGGUCAAAGGUUUUAUUUUCUCACCUUAUUUUUUUCCUGAUCUUCUUCUUGUUGUUGUUGUUUCUCUUUCUUUUCGUUUCUUUCUUACAAACAAAAUUAUGGCUAUGGGCACAGAGUGAAGAAAAUUCGCAAAUAUAUUCGGAUAAUUGAAUGAAAGAGCAAAGAAAUUUUCCAUGAAAUAAUCGAAUGAUUCGGUUGAGAAAUAGUUUACGAAAAGAUUCAAAAAUUCAAAAAAAAAGAGAAUUUGGAACGUUCGAACGAAUCUGAUUGGAUAAUUUUUUUCGAAUGUUUUUUUGUUGUUGAUAACAUUCGAUUCUGCGACAAGAGCGAACGUUUAUGAUUCUGGUGAACAACAACACAAAAAAAAAUGAAUAAUCAAAAAAUGUUUUUCGAUAAUUCAAUUCAAAAAUCACAAUCAAUUUUUUUCCAAAAUAAUGUCCCGAACAAAACAAUGUUUGAUUCAUCAUCUCAAUCAUUAAAAAAUAAUUGUUUUUUUAUGCCAUUUCAACCGGCAAAAUUCGGUGAAAAAAGUCAUAUGAUUAAAAUGCCACCCAAUAACGAAAAUAUUGGUGAAAAAUCUGAACAACAACAACAAUCAAAAUGCAAUCAAACUCAAGAUUAUAAUUAUUUUGAAGUUGGUUUAGAUAUGGCUAAUCUUACAUUGUAUAGUCAAAAGAAAAAUGAUACUUUAAUGGAUAAAACUCAUGAAUCUGAAUCGAUUACUAUGAAUCCAGAAGAAAUUCUGAAACAAAUCGAAAAAUUCGAAGAUAUGAGAAAUCAGAAAAUCGCUGAUCUCGAAUGCGAAAUUGAAAAAUCAAAAUCAAUCAUCGAUGAAUUAAAUCGAGAAAACGAACAACUUAAAAUGGAGAAUGAACAGAUUUCGGUAACAAAAGCUCAACAAACAGAAGUUCCCAUUGAAAUGAUAGAAAGUUUAACCGUUCGUUGUAAUGAUUAUGAAAAGAAUUUGGAAAAAAUUAUGAAACGAUUCGAACAAUUGAAUCAAGAAGCAAAUGAAUUGAAGAAAACUAUGAAAUAUUUUGUUGAUGAACGAAAUGAAUAUGAAAUUCAAAUUGAACAAUAUAAAAUUUCAUUACAAAAAAUGGAAUAUAAAUAUUAUGAUGAUUUAAAAGAUUUGAAUUCAAAAUUAGAUGAACAACAACAAAUGUUUGAAGAUAAAGAAUCUGAAUAUGAACGACAAACUGAAAUGAAUAAUAAUAAAUCAAUACAAAUGAUUCAAAAAAUUUGCGAUGAAUAUGAAGAAAAAAUCAAACAAUUAAUGAAUUCAAUUGAACAAGGAACAAAAAAAUUGACAAAAUUAAAUGACGAAAUUGAUCAACUUAAACUGGAUAAAAAUGAAUUUAAUAAUGAAAUGAAAAAACUGAUCGAAUCAAAUUGUGAAUUAAAUUCA